GUCGGUCGGCUUGUUCAGCGCUGCCUCGUCCAGCCUGUCAACAACACUGGAACCUGAGACGGGAUAGCAAGCCAGCGGACGAGCUCAGUCAACCAGCUCAGUUAGCUCCUCUGCUAGCCCGCUCCACUAACCAACUGACACGACUCGUACUUUCCCCUUCCAAGUUUGAGAUACGUGUGAUGAUUAAAGUUGUUCCGACAAGAGAAGAACCGGAAAAACGGACUUUCUCGUGCGGCAUCUUCAAAUUCUUUCUCCAGUGUGAUAUGACAUCGCCGUUCGGUUCCAACAAAAGCCAGAGCUCUUCAGCAGACGGUUGACAUCUGGUCAGGUGAAGUUCAAGAGGAUGGCUGCUCAGGUAGAGGUUCAGCCUGGGGAGGUAGGUAGGCCAGUGGUUGGAGGACGACUUCACCUGAGUCCUUUGACUGACUCCAGCAAUAAGAGUCCCUUCGAGAUCCCCUCUGUGAACCAGUCCCAUAUUAUCACCCCAGAACCAAACAAGCCUGUCCCAGGCCCCAAGCCACGGCUCACUCCCAAACCUUUUGCUGUGGAGAGAAACCCCACUAUUAGGCCCAUACUUGCACCGAAGCCCAUAACCAAGCCCCGGCCGGAGCCCACUCUCCUUGCUGGAUACAAACCAGAGUCUCCAUACAGUCCAAAACCUCAGCAACCAGCUGCCCCUGUCCAACCCAGGUCAACCAACCCCAACCGACCUGCCUCUACCUCCUUUAAUACAACUAAGUUGAACACUGGACAAACAAUCAAGCCAAUAGCCCAGCCAUUUAAACCGGCCCCUCCUCUUGACCUUGGAGACCCCAGCAAACCCAUUCCUACUUUAACAACAGAGAGGCAGAGACCUGGUUCAUCAAACUUGGUCUAUUCCAAGAGCCUUAAACAAUUUCUAGCAUCAGACUGGUCUGGAACCACUAACAAUCAAGGUGAGAAGGACCAGAUGGCAUCCAGCCCUGUCGGGUCCUCCAUUACUAGAACCAAGUCCAUGGGUUUUCUCAUUCAGGUAGGGCAGGAGGAAGAAGAAAAAGAAAAAGAAAACCCUGAGGCAGCGGUGGUGCUGCGGCCAAAGCCCAGAGCAUCCAGGCCCAGACCUGUGUCAGCCAUUUUCCUUGACAGUCCGACCAAGACGGAGACAUCAGUUCCUGCCUUGCGCUGGGCGAGACGACCGCUUUCAGCUGAUCUCACGUCCAAGUUUGAGUCAAUCGGUCUGUCUCUGCACCGUAAAACACAAAAAGACACUAAUGAGAACACUCCAGAGGAAACCGGGCCGACACAAAAGAGAGAGCAGGAGAAAACACCUCAGAGUGACACAUCACAAAGUAGUGAUGGUGCAAGUGACCAAAAGACUCUCAAAGAGAGCGAAGAGGAUAAGCGUGCAGUCAGCAUCAAGUCACGAAUGAGUUUCCUCGAUUCAUCCUCCUCUCCUAAGGCCGGUGUCGCGGACCAAGAGUCGGAUCUUCACUCUCCAGUGCAGCCAGUCCCUGAAACAGAACCAGCAGUGGGUGUCAAACAGCUCAUCAAGCAGCUGACAGAGGACCCAGCACCAACUCCGAGUCCUAUUGUGAAACCAGUACUGAAGCACCGGCACUUACCCCUCGACCUGACUAAAAGGUUUUCAUCCGAGAGGUCGCCAGACAGUGUUUUCCUCAGUGAGGCAACAGACUGCGAUGAGAUCAGCAAAGAUCCUCAGAGGAGGAUUGAAGAGUCAGCUAUCAGCCCCAAUGACCAGAGGACAUUUGUGGAUUUAAAAGACUCCCAAGAGGUAUUCAAAAAGGCCUCCCCGCCUGAAGAGCCUCAGGGGGGCCAGGACAUUGGCGCCACCUCCAAGGAAAGUGUUCCCAGGAGUGACCUACAGACAGUGAAAGCAUCCUUGUUUGAACAUGUUGUGGAGAGGCACAGUGUGCUGUUGGUGGAAGAGGGCAAGCCUGUAAACAAGCCUCAUGAGUCGCUCAGAAGCCUGUCAUUUAAGAGAGGAAAGGCUGAGGAGGAGGGAACUCUUGUCACUGCCACCUACAAAGAUCCUUUAUCUCCAUCAAGUCCUCUGAGGGUGUCGCAUGCCUUUGACACGGUGCAGGCAGUGGAAGGGAGCAGGGCCGUGAGUGAGAACGUCCCAUCGGCUCAGUGGGAGGAUAAGGCCAUGACGCUACGCUCCAGGCGCUCCGAAGGGAGCAGGCCGGUGGAAGAGCGGACCGGUUCAGCCCAAGACGAACCAGCUUCGGCUGCGAUGCCAGAAAAGCAGCCUCGGUUUCUGAGAGUGGGUGCUUUGCAUAAGUGGAACUCUCCAGGUCUUGAGACAAGUGUGGAGAAAGGGAUGCUGAAGGAAACGCAAAGGGAAGAACAAGAGGCUUUGGAUCAAGACGGGCACGGGGAGCGAGACGCUGAGCAGGAGGAAGUGGCCGCAGCUCCAAAACGUUUGAAAAUGCUGCAGUCGGAAGAGCAGCCAAAGCCCAGGGCAACCUACUUUGCUCUGACUGGACAAAUGCAUGAGCCAGUUUCUCCUGUUGAUGCAGGAGAAAGCAUAGGGGACGAGGCUGGGCCCUUUGACAACAUGUCUGUGAGGGCUGAACCCGACGGUUCUAAAACAAAGCUUAUUCCAAUAAGGUGGAAUCCAGCAUUCGAUGAAUCUUUGGGAAAAAACUCUCAAGUCAAAGUGGAGGAGUUGAUGAGGAGGCACAUUUCACAAAGCGAGAUCAGAUCAACUUUGGAUGAACAGACAAAAGAGGAAAUGAUGGAAGUCGAAAAGAAAAGAGAACUACAAAAAGAGACCGAAAGACACAUGGCAAAAAUGAAAGAGCAUCAGAGGGAAAAACAGAGACAGCUGGAACUGGAGAAAGAAGCACUUUUGGAAUUUGCACGGAUGAAAGAGAGGGAAAUGCAAAGAGAAUUUGAAAGGCAAAGACAGAAAGCCUUUGAGAAGGAGAAACAGGAGUUUGAGGAGAAACAGCGGGCACUGGAAAGGCAGAAACAGUCGGAGCUUGAACAAAGACAACAACUGCAAGAGCUGGAACGAGCGAAACUAAGGGAACUUGAAAAAGAGAGGCUAUUGCAACUUGAGAAAGAAAAACGCCAAAAAUUAGAGAGACAGAAAAAGAUUGAAAGAGAGAAGCUGCGAGAACAGGAAAGGGACAGACAGCAGGAACAGGAGAGGCAAAGACAAAGGGAGGAAGAGAGGCAGAGAGAGCUGGACAAGAAAAGACAGCUGCUGGAAAUCCAAAAGGAGAAACAGAAAAUGGAAGAGCUGAAGAGAAUUCAAGAGUUUGAAAGACUGCAACUCUUAGAGUUUGAAAAUCAGAAGGAAAAGGAGGCUCGGAAGGAAAAAGAGACACAGCAGCUCAUGGAGCUCGAAAAGCAGAGGCGUCGAGAGAGGAGAGAGAGAGAGGAGGCAGAGAAAAUGAGACAGGUUGCAUUAGAUCAGGAAGUUAUCAGAAUGAAAGAGCUCAGUAAAGAAAGAGAAAGGCAAAAGGAGCUUCAGAAAGAGAUUGACAGAGAAAAGCAGAGAGAGAUGGAGAGACAGCAACAGAGGGAUUUAGAGAGACAGAGACAACUAGAUUUCGAGAGACAAGAAUUAGAAAACCAGAGAGAGCUGGAGAGACGGAGUCAGAGAGAUUUAGAGAGGGAGAGACAGAGACAACUAGAUCUCGAGAGACAAGAAUUAGAAAACCAGAGAGAGAUGGAGAGACAGAGAGAUUUAGAGAGGGAGAGACAGAGACAACUAGAUAUCGAGAGACAGGAAUUGGAAAGCCAGAGGCUGAGACAACGAGAACUGGAAAAGGAAAAGCAGAGGAAAGAGAGCUUGGAGAGAAUUAAAGAGAUGGAGAGAAGACAGCUCCUGGAGUUGGAGAGGCAACAGCAGACAGAGAGGGACAAACAGCAACUUCUGGAGCUGGAGAAACGCAGACUGAGGGAGAGUCUGGAAAGGGAGGAGGCGGAGAAAAUGAGACAGAUAGCCAAGCAGCAGGGAGCAGAGAGGCAGCGGCAAAAAGAGAGGCAGAAGAAAGAGGAACAGGAGAGGGCGAGGUUGGAGUCAUCCCCUCUCAGGCCUCAAGCGGUGGAUCUGGACUCUGUGCUCCGAAAUGAGCCGCUGUCCAAGCCGACUUCUCACCGCAGUGACACAGCAACGCGAUGGAAGGAGCCAUCCCCGAGACUAGAAGCAUCUUACAAACCUGCCAUCCUUGACAUCGACUCUUUUACGUCUCAAGUUCAGCCCUCCUCCAGUAAAGACUUGUUUCCUGUUUCUGGUAUUCAGGGUGUAGACGCUGCAUUUGGAGCUAGAUUACACCCCCCUACACCUGAUGUAGAUGUUAGCUGGAGGUCGCCACAACAGGCUCCAGGUAUCACAAGCCCGGUAUGGACGACAUCUCUUCAGGACCCGUGGGAGCUGCGGCUUGUUGAGACGUCUGUGGACAAACCUGUAGCUGAACCCAGAAAACACACCAACAAACUCAGCCUAGAGCAGCUCCUCCUCAGGCAGGAGGAGCGACUCCCACAGAGGCUGUCCAGCAGUGGUCCCGAGGAGCAGAUAUGGUUCCCCCGAGAGCAGCAGCCUCAAGACGGCAGUGCAGAGGACCGCAGCCAGAGGAGAUCACAGGCAUCCAAGGAGUUGAACAGGAUGCGGUCUCGCAGUGUUUCGCGGCGAUCGGCUCCUUCAAGCUGUGUCUUGGAGAGAAGCCUUUCCAGGAUUAGGAGUCGCAGCGCCCACCGAGAGCAGGACGACGACGGCCCGGUGCAGCAGAAGCAAAGUGACAGUGGUGAAGAGGAGGGGAAGGACUCAGGAACACCAGUCCGUGACACUGACAGCCAGUAUGGGACCUGGGAGACAGGACUGCGCACUGAUGAGAGCCGCUCUCCCAGCUCUGAAAGCAAUUUCAGCCCUUCACCAAGGAAGCCCACUUCCCCACGCCGGCCAGGUGAUCUGGCCUCUCAGUUUGAUACUGACGCUCUGGACGGCCUCCUUGCCUCCUCCUCACCUGAGAGCCCGCCGCUAUCUUUCCCUGAUGCCCCGACCACUCUGUUAGACACCAGCGCUCUUCGCACCAGAGCCCAGCUGGGCAAGAAACGAGCGCCGCGGACACGCCCCACUAGGGCAGCGCUUAAAACGGCUGGGCUGUCCGAGGGAGAGGGAGGAACCACCGAGGACUGGCUUUACAGAGACUCCACAGAGGCAAAGGUUGAGAUUAAGGACGAUGACUCGGACUCUGAGGAGCCGGCCAGAGGCGCAGACACCAGCCCGGCUGUUUCCUCUCAGCCACAGAGGAUAGCCAUGUUCCCUGGGAUGGACCCUUCCGUUUUAAAGGCCCAGCUGAAGAAGAGGGGCGACUCUGACAAUCAAAUCGAUGUCCCAACUCCUUCCCAGCUUUCUCGUUCUCCCAAAUCCCCCUUUCUUCCCAGAGCAGCGCGUGUGCUGCCCCCUCCUGGUGGGAAAGAGAAUGGUGAGGAAGACUCACCCCAGUGGUUGAAAGAGCUUAAGUCCAAGAAGCGCUUAAGUCAGUAUGACAAUGACAGCUAAGUAAAUGAGGUUGCCUUAACAGAUGAAUCGUAUGAAACUGAAGCCUUAACGUUCGACCCAGAGAGUAGGAGAGGUGAAUCUACAGCUGCUGAUGUAUUCUUUUUCUAUUUGUGUUUUUGUUCUCUUCACAUCUGGGUUGAUAAAUGUGCAUGGUGCCUUUUUUAUGGAGAAUCUCUGUCUCGUGGAAAAAAACAAGCAAGGAGCAAAACAACAUCAAGCUACUCUGCUUCAUCCAUUUCAUGCUUGAACCUGUCGAAACACUUCUGCACCUGGAGGCACUUCACAGAACACUUUAAUAGGGACCAGGAGAAGUUAUGGGGGGGGGGAAGAAAAGGCGAUUAUUGGCAAUUAUUUCCUGUCAAGCCGCAUUUCAGGAAAUGGUUAACUUGUGGGACCACGACGCCUCUUUAUCCUGUACGUGCUUCAUCACAUGCUGGAGGACAAUCCAGCCGAUCCUUUCCAAGAUGUUUGUAUUUAGUCUCCUAACUCGACUAAUGUGUACAAGCCGGCUGUUUCUGUGUUGGACCUUUCGUGUGUUUUCAGUGGAGGUUGUUGAUGGUAGUCACACAAGAAAUCGCCAUGGGACAUUUCAAACACUAAUGAAUUUCUGUCUUCAACAUAAAGAACAUAAAGAACAAAUCACUGCUGACUUGAUUGCCAGAGCGAGUGUAUUAUCAUGUUAGUAACUGUAAUCAGGAGAUAUUAUAUUUGUAUUAUCAUUGAUUUACCAGAAACAGAGAGCUAGUUUUAAAGAAAAUGAAGAUGCAUCACUACAAUAUAGUUUGUUACAAUCCACAACCCUAACCAUGUCAUAGUUGCUGCAUACUGUAUAUAUGUGUUUCUCUAAGUAUCUUUUUGUCAUUGUGGAAGAGGGACAUGGGACUUUUUGAGCAAGUGACUUUGCAUCCCUCCAUAAAUCCUACUCUAUCAGCACAAAUACACUCUUCAAUCUUUUUUAUAUAUAUGAAACGACACUAAUCAGCCUGUGAACCCUCCUUUAACAGCUUAAAUGAUUGUAGCUGUAUGCAUUAAUCAUACGCCAUACUUUCAACUUGUGGCCCUCACACACUCCUCAAUCAUGUUUUUGAAAUUAUUUUCCAGGAAAUGUGCAAUUUUCCACGAUUUUGUCCCCAAUAAUGUGCAUGCACAAUCUUUGCUGUCAAGCCAGUCAUUGCUCAAACUGACUCGGGGGUGUCGCGGUGUUGGCUGACACGACUCCACUGGAGGAGUGGUUUGUUCACUACAGCGUUUAAAAGACUACCUUCUGUGAUACUCCCAAAUAAAUGAACAUUUGCACCUGCUUUUCAUCUUCACGAUAAUCUUUCUCCUCAUGUUUGUCCACCCACUCGCUGCGGUUCUCUAAAGCACUUUGUCACUUGAUGCACUACAGCACUGACCUCUGCCCCCUCUCUUCGGCCAUGUCUCGUGUCCCGUACUGUCGGAGUGCUCUCGCAAUGCAAGUGAAUGUGGUAAUCGAGUCUUCGAUGUGAUUGUCCCUGGUUUCUAUGUACAUGACAUCUUACUUUGUCAUGAAGUCUGAGGUUUAUUUUUUUUUCAUGUCUUCGUGUGUCCCUUUUUUUUAUUUGAAAGUACAGAUGUAUAUUGCACUGUGUUGUACUGGCCAGUGUCCUAAAGUAAAUACAUUCUUAAUAAAAUGUACUUGUCUUGA